CAGCUGGCUGGGAGUGAGGAGUCUCCAACAUGAACUAGGAGAGGCUUCUCAAGACGAUCCUGCCGCCUCAAAACUCUCUAUUUUCUUCUUGCUGUUGUUGAGAAGCUAGGCCUCUGCCAUUGUAAAACUCACUGUUGUGUUUUCAAGGAAAGCAGUGAUUGAAGAUGAGACUGAACAUCGCCAUCUUCUUCGGAGCUCUCUUUGGAGCUUUAGGGGUUUUACUCUUUCUGGUGGCUUUUGGAUCGGACUAUUGGCUUCUUGUCACCGAAGUGGGGAAGUGUUCAGGUGAACAGAAUAUAGAGAAUGUUACUUUUCACCAUGAAGGGUUCUUCUGGAGAUGCUGGUUUAAUGGGAUUGCGGACGAAAAGAAUUCAAAUAUCUGGAAGUUCUGGUACGGCAACCAGCCGGCGUCCAAGAACUGCACCCAGGCUUACCUGUCGCCAUACCCCUUCAUGAGAGGCGAGCACAACUCCACCUCCUAUGACUCUGCAGUGGUUUACCGUGGCUUCUGGGCAGUCCUGAUGCUCCUGGGGGUGGUUGCUGUGGUGACCGCGAGCUUUCUGAUCAUCUGCGCAGCCCCCUUCGCCAGCCACGUCCUCUACAAGGCCGGGGGCGGCUCAUACAUUGCCGCAGGCAUCCUGUUCUCACUGGUGGUGGUGCUCUACGUCAUCUGGGUCCAGGCAGUGGCUGACAUGGAGAGCUACAAGAACAUGAAGAUGAAAGACUGCUCGGACUUCACGCCUUCUGUUCUGUAUGGCUGGUCAUUUUUUCUGGCCCCAGCAGGAGUAUUUUUUUCUUUGCUCUCUGGGUUACUAUUCUUAGUUGUUGGACGGCAUAUUCAGAUUCAUGACUAAUCAAACUAUUGCCACCAGUGAUUUGAAAACAGCAUAUUUUAUUUUUAUUUCUUUCAGUGAUCCUAGCAUAGAAUUAGUUGAUGUAACUUUUUAGUUGCUAUUUGAAUUAACCAUUUCACUUGUGAUUUUUGUCUAAUAAGAAGGUUCUAAAACUUCUCCAGACACCAAAAGAAGUUUUCAUCUGUUUAAGUGCUGUCAAGAACCCAGUCCUUCGGGGAGGCCAUGGCCUCCCUCUCACCGCAUGUGUCAGAGUCCAUGCCUGUUGCAAACACACACAAGCGUAACCACAGCACAGCCAUGAGGGCCAGUCGGGUGUGGCUGCAGCCGCUUCUCGUAUGCACGUCCGCUGUACUUCAAACCCUCUGGAGGAUGACUAAGGAUGGAAAACAGACGUCAGAGAAUUUACUCCAUUUCCUCCCUACACAUCCACACCCACAGCUACAUUCACUGACUCCUCUGGGCAAGCGAUUCAUGAUUUAAAAAUAGAUUGCAGUUGUUCCCGUAGCAGGAGCCGCACACACUCGUCAGUUAACAUGGGCCGCACUAAACCGGGACCUCCACCUUCCCUGCGCUCUGAGCAGCCGUGCUUGGUCCCCUCACUUCAGUCGCUCCGUGUGCAUGCUUACCUGACCUCGACCUACAUUUGAAAGUAGAAAUCUGUACACCAAAAUACAAAGAAUGCAGGUUGGACUUUUAGAACUUAAAGUGGGUUAAUUAUCUAUUUAAUAUAGUUGAAAAUAUGUAAAAACCAAGAACCUUAGCUUACACAUAAUUCGAUUUGAUUUUUUUAAAUUCCCACUUAAAAUUAUGUUGCUAAUAUGUUCAGCUUAUGAAAAUUUAUUGAUGAAAUGCGCUUUUAAUAUGCACAAAAUGCUUCCAUAUGAGGAUGAUAAUAGACUUGCUUUAUUAAAGACUGAAAUAUUAACUUUUCCAAGAUUGUAUGGGUUGUAGUUCUUCUGAUCAUUUGAUUCCCUUAAUUAUUGCCCUCAGUGUGUUUCAUCUUUACAACACGUAUUUAACAUUUACAGAUUUGCUAUUUCCAUUCAUCUCUUUGAAGAAAACUGCUUUUUUGCAAGGGGAUGGGUAGGGGUGGAAUAAUUCUGUAUUAUUUAUUAGCAUAAACAUUUUGCAUAUCAAAGAUGUCUGUCCGGCACUCAUUUUGACUGAAAUCAAAUCCAUCUGAGAAGCCUAGAUCGUGUUUGCAUUUUGGAAACCUCCACCAGGGAGGAGUCGGUGCUCCUGCAGGAACAGUGGGCGCCGCAGUGAGCCUGGCUCAGCGGCAGACUCUGCACACAGGUGUCCUGGAUGCCAAGGCGGGACUCAGCAGCAGGCUGAGGGCCGCCUGGAGGUGCCGUGGAGCAGAGGGCUACGCUUCUCCACACCCUGUGUUUCCAUUUCCGCCCUGCGUGGGAGGGUCGUCUGGAGCAAUGGCUAGCGUCUGAGCUAUCUGUAGAAUCAUGAGUGGCCUUUGAGUGUUUAGGGAUGGUUAGGGCUUGCAUAUAGUACAAACAAACAAACAAAAAAACGGCAACAAAGCUCCAGGAGUUUAAGUAGUUUCUCAAGCCAUUUUAAUGAUAUUAUAAA